AUGGAAAACAGCCACUAUCCCCUAUCCCCCGAGCAGAUCGCUUCUUACCAAGAGGAUGGAUUCCUCCUCCUUCGGGACUUUCUCGAUACACAAGAGACGGGGCAUCUGCAAGAAUGGGCCCAGGAAGUCCAUGAUCUCCCACGCACGCUUGAUGCUUCCUACAUGCCUUAUGAGGAGGUAAAUGCCCAAGGGAAGCGCGUCCUUUGCCGCACCGAAAACUACGCGAACAGCCACUCUGGAUUUGACAGUCUUCUUCGAGGGGAGCGUGUCCUAAGUGUCCUGCAGCAGUUGGCCACAGAGGAGAUGCUGCUUUUCAAGGAGAAAAUCAACUACAAGCUGGCUGGCAGCGGCGGAUUCUCCCCUCACAUUGACGCCAACGCGUAUACCCAUGUGAAAAACAUAAAGCACCUGACCGUGCUCGCCGCAGUUGAUGAGAUGAAUUCAGAAAACGGGGGCCUCGAUGUCGUCAAAGGCAGUCAUCGCAUGUCAGUGCCACUCGGCGAGGACCGCUGCAUUGAGCCAGCCUGGGUUGAGAGCCAGGAGUGGACUGCCUGCGACUUGAAUCCUGGCGAUAUUCUGGUCUUCGGGUCUUACCUGGCUCACAGGAGUGGUGCCAACCUGAGCUCCAAGGACCGUCGCGCCGUGUAUGCGACUUAUAACAGACAGGCCGAGGGUGAUUUACAUGAUCAGUACUACGAGGACCGGAGGAAACUGUGGCCAGCAACGCACAUGCGCAAGGAGGGGGAGGCAUAUGAAGAGGGGAGGAUGCGGUUUGGCUACGGGUCUCCGAUGUUGACGGUGGAGGGGCGAGGAGAGCAAGGGGUUGUUGCAUAG